AGAAUAUCAGUAUAAGAUUUAUGAUUGAAAUUAGGUUGGGUAACAGGAGAUAUGAGCCUGAAAUAAGUAAAAUUACUGACUUGAUUAAAGAGUGUUUGCCAUCUUGCUUGUAGAGGUUACAGGUUAAAACAGUUUGUAAGGCUUUUGAGGAACCGGAUAACGAAAUUGAUGGGUAUUUUAGUGAGCUUACUCCUGGUUUCAACUUUAUUAGAUUAGGUUUUAGAAGAUGAUAGAAUGGUUCCUCUCAAUUGCAUCCAAUUCAAGUUUUUCCUACCAACUUUUUGGUUGUAUGAAAAAGGUUGUAAAAUUAGCAAGAGAUUGGACAUCUUCAAUUGCAAUAUGCAGCCGGAAAACAUUCUUUCAAUUGUUUGAAAUAUAAAUAUAAAUGUUGAGAUUUUUAUCAGUAUGCUGCUUGUCCCAUUUUUAUGUUAUAACAAUGGUAGAAAUUUCUUUUACUGCACAUCCAUGAGUCUUAUCAAUUUUAAUUGUUACAGGAAGGAUCCAAGCGUGGCUAGGCCUUUUGAAGGACUAAAAAUUGUUGAUGUUGGUUGUGGUGGAGGAAUUCUUUGUGAGCCUUUAGUUCGAAUGGGAGCAACUGUAACUGGCAUUGAUGCUUUGGAGAAAAAUGUCAAGAUUGCACGCCUGCAUGCUGAUUUGGACCCAGUGACUUCAGCCAUUGAAUACUGUUGCACAACAGCUGAAAGUCUAGUUAAGGAGCAAAAGAUGUUUGAUGCUGUGAUUUCAUUGGAGGUAAUUGAGCACGUAGAAGAUCCUGCCGAAUUCUGCAAGACUCUGGCAGCAUUAACUAACCCUGGUGGAGCUACUGUGAUUUCAACAAUUAAUCGAUCUCUGAGAUCAUUUGCAAUUGCCAUUGUUUUAGCAGAGUACCUUCUCCAUUUGCUUCCCAAAGGCACGCAUCAAUGGUCAAGUUUCGUUACUCCUGAAGAGCUGGAACUGAUGCUACGACGUGCUUCAAUCAACGUUCAAGAAAUGGCUGGAUUAGUUUACAACCCCUUCACUGGACGAUGUUCUCUAUCUGAUGAUAUCAGUGUAAAUUUCAUCGUCUUUGGUACUAAAAAUAGCCAAUAAAGGCAACUUUGCUUGUACUUUUUAACUUUCUGAAGUGUAAUUUCUUCGAACUUUGUUUUUGUUAUAAAGCAAACGUCAUAAUAGAAAGCAAAUAUAAUCCCA